AUGUCCCGUUUCUUGUUCCCUCUGCAUCAGGCUGCCCCAAGCCAGCCCCCCAGAUUCAUGCUACCCUAUGCUGUCGGUGGCGCCCCUUCACAACCUGGCUCUCAUCUGACCCAGCUUGGCCAGCCUAGUCUGCCUCAUAAACAUAUGAUUGCGCCAAUGGCAGACUACUAUGCGAUCCAAGGCACCACUGUACCAGCUCCAGGAUCCUUAGUUUCUUCAGUCCCAAAUGCCAUCCCUAGUAGUUCGUAUGGACAACCUUACAUUCCGGCAGGCUAUGACCCUGGCAUCGGUGAGCCCACUAAAUAA